AUGCUCGCAACUACGGAUAAGAACAACGGCGAAUCGGACUCGGUGGCCCGAGGCAAUCUUAGACAGCCGACCAGGGUGUUUAAGAAGAGCUCACCGAACGGUAAAAUCACUGUUUACUUGGGAAAAAGGGAUUUCGUUGACCACAUCACCAAUGUUGACCCUAUUGACGGCGUAGUAUUGGUCGAUCCUGAUUACGUCAAAGGAAGAAAGGUAUUUGGCCAUGUUUUGGCUGCCUUCCGAUAUGGUCGCGAAGACUUGGAUGUGCUGGGCUUGACUUUUCGAAAAGAUCUCUAUAUAGCCUCCGAACAAAUAUAUCCUGUUGGCAAUAUACGUACUCCAACUAGGCUACAAGAACGUUUGAUCAAGAAACUUGGCCCAAAUGCUAUACCAUUUUAUUUUGAAUUGCCGCCUCAUUGCCCAGCAUCUGUUACGCUGCAACCAGCAGCCGGCGAUACAGGUAAACCGUGUGGAGUAGACUAUGAGUUCAAAGCGUUUGUUGGCGAUACAGCCGAAGACAAACCUCACAAGAGAAAUUCAAUACGGCUGGCCAUUAGGAAAAUUAUGUAUGCGCCCAAAAAAGAGGAAGUGCAACCAUCUGUUGAAGUGUAUAAAGAAUUUGUUAUGAGCCCGAACAAGUUAUACUUAGAAGCAUCCUUGGACAAAGAGCUUUAUUACCACGGGGAAAGUAUAUCAGUCAAUGUCCACAUAGCCAACAAUUCUAACCGAACUGUAAAAAAAGUAAAAGUGUUUGUAAGACAAUUUGCCGAUAUAUGUCUAUUUUCAACUGCCCAAUAUAAAUGCACUGUUGCUGAACUAGAGAGUGAAGAUGGUUGCCCCGUUGGUCCUGGUUUCACUUUGUCUAAAGUAUAUACAGUGAAGCCUACUUUGCAUAAUAACAAAGAUAAACGUGGCUUAGCUUUGGAUGGGCAGUUAAAGCAUGAAGAUACAAAUCUUGCGUCUUCAACAAUAGUGAGCAAUCCUUCACAAAAAGAAAACCUAGGAAUUAUUGUUCAAUAUAAAGUGAAGGUAAAACUGUGCCUGGGUGCUUUAGCUGGUGAAUUGACAGCUGAACUUCCAUUUAUUUUAAUGCACCCCAAGCCUGAAGAGGAAGUGCUUCCAAUUUCCAAUAAUGUUGCAAUCCCUGGUACAGCAGUUGAUGACAACGGUGUACGCGUAGAUAAUUUGAUUGAAUUAGAUGAAGAUAGCCCUGCACCAUCUCACGAUGAAGAUAUUAUUUUUGAAGAUUUCGCUCGUUUAAGACUAAAAGCUGGUAAUGAUUAA